AUGCUCCCAAGGGUUCCUGCUGGUGGCCGCCUCGUCCUCCUAUUCCUGCUGGGUUUCCUCCUAUUUGAGGCAACGUGGCGGGGCGCGUCGGCGGGUACCAGGCGCAAGAGAUACGUUGCCUUUCGCAAGGGUAGCACUUUUUUCUAUCGAAUCAACUACAAAGUGAGCACUCUACCACACACCACGGUUUUCACGCAGGCAAGUGGAUUCAAAGUCGCAUGGGAACUCCCGACGGGGGCUAGUUACGAGUUCAACGGAAGCACGUGCCUUUUGAAGAGUUUGUGCCAGGCUACUAUCUCUCUCGGGGAGAGCGAUGGGGUGUUCAAGAAAAUGCUGGACUUGCUGGCCAGUUCUUAUGGUAAAAACGGUUCGGCCCCUCUGGACCCUUCGCUGUGCAAAAACUACAGCCACGCCUGCCCGCUUCACCUCGUUGGAUUGAAUUUCUUUGCGAAAAGCUGA